AUGGGUGAGAGGUUGCAAAGUCAAAACACAUAUGUUUGCUCUUUUUCUGAUUGUAAUGCCACAUUUAGGAAGUCAUGGAAGUUAGAGGCUCAUCUGUGCAAACACAGUGGAUCGAAACCGUUUUCCUGUGAGAACUGCGAGAAGACCUUCUACACUCGCUAUGAGCUCACCAGGCAUGAACGGGUGCAUAGUGGUGAAAAACCCCGCAAGUGUCUUACUGAUGGAUGCUUGGAGGUUUUUGCAACUAAUGCCAGCAUGAAAAGCCAUGUUGCUCGAGUCCACCAGCACCAAGAAAAGCGAUAUCAAUGUGACUAUCAAGGCUGUGGGAAAGAUUUUGGCAAGAAAAAACAACUAAAUGCCCACAAGAGUGAGCAUGGGGAACCUUCUGCUUUUCGCUGUACAUUCAGUGGAUGUGGAAAAGAGUUUCCGAGCCAAGACAAACUGAAGCAUCAUGAGAAAGUUCACCAGGGUUACCCCUGCACCUUUGAACAGUGUUCGUACAAAGGUAAAACAUGGACUGAAUAUCUAAAGCACAGAGCACAACACAAAGUGAAGGCUGUGUGCGAAGAGUGCAAAAAGCUCUUCAACAGCCCUUGGUUCUUGCACCUGCAUGUGCUCCGCUUGCACUCUGGGGAGAAGAGGUACUUUGCAUGCCCCACAAAGGGAUGUAACAAGAAGUUCACCAGACGCUUUAAAUUGGAGAAGCAUGUGGUGGGAGACCAUGACUUGGAAAAGACCUUCACUUGUACAUAUGAUGGCUGUGGGAAGAGGUUUGCCUUGAAGGAAAGCUUGCUGCGACAUGGUGUGGUUCAUAACCCUGCAAGAAAGCUGAAGAAAAAGAAGCCUAAAAACAAGCAGCUCUCGCAGGCUGUGCAGGAGGCUACCCAGUCGACUGCAAACGAUCAAGAAGAAACUAGCAAGCUUGCUGCAAAGUUGCACACCACAACUUUAACUGAUGAAAAACCUUGA